GAAUUGAUUGGUGAGUGUGGGGAGGGUGUGUGUGUGGGGUGGGGAGCAUUAGUUUUGUCGAUUGCAACCCAGAAGAAAGCUGUAUCUUAAAACGAGUUUGGUCACAACAGAAAUGGUUUUGCCCAAGGAUCUACAAUAGUACCUAAAUCACUAUGGAGGAGUCCACUGAAUUAUGGACUGACGGGAACUCCCUUCUAAAGGCAGUCUGGUUGGGGAGGUUGAGGUUGACCCGGCUCUUGUUGGAAGGAGGAGCGUACAUCAACGAAAGCAACGAGCGGGGAGAAACGCCCCUGAUGGUGGCUUGCAUGACCAAACAUGUCGACCAGCAGAGCGUGAGCAAAGCCAAGAUGGUCAAGUACCUGUUGGAAAACCAGGCGGAUCCGAAUAUUCAAGACAAGUUUGGGAAAACAGCGUUGAUGCACGCGUGCGUGGAGCGGGCUGGGGAGGAAGCUGUGUCCCUCCUGCUCAACAACGGAGCGGACCCCAGUCUCGAAGAUCGUUCCGGGGCCUCGGCUCUGGUGUACGCCAUCAACACGGAUGACAAGGAGGUCCUGAAAUGUCUACUGAAUGCUUGCAAAGCCAAAGGAAAGGAAGUUAUAAUCAUAACUACCGAUAAAUCGCCUUCAGGUACCAAAACAACCAAGCAGUAUCUAAAUGUCCCACCUUCACCGGAAUUGGAAGAAAGACACUCCCCUUCUCUUUGCACGUCCCCAUCUGACAUUGAGAUUAAGACGUCUCCAACAUCUUCCUCGAACAAUGGCCUGGAAGAGGAAAAGACCUUUAAUUUCCAAGUGACGCCUCACCAGGCUGGAGGUUACACCAGCAAAGGUCACAACGACCCUGGCUCUCCCACCAGAAAGAUGAACCCAAAGAGAAUAGGCACCCGGUUGCCCCAGCUCAAGAGGCUUCAAUCGGAACCCUGGGGCCUGAUCGCUCCCUCUGUUUUAGCCGCUGCAGCCCAUCAGGAGGAAUGCAAGCGGGUUAAUCCGGACGAGGAGAUCACUCAAGGCAUCAACGGGUUGUCUCUGCCCAAACGCACUGCCCUGACCAGAACCAACAGCAUCGAAUGUAGCAAAGAUCCCAACACCUUCCCAUUUGUAGGGGACCAGGCUUGCAGGGCCUCCCCCUCCUGCACGUCGGCUCCCGUUUCCCGCAAGCAGUCCUACGAGAAAAGCCAACCCCAGCACCAGCCCCUGGCGCGAAGGAGCACUUUGCCCUCCGAGCAAGACAACGUGAGCAGCUUCUCUGCCACCGGCCAGGUCAGCUUGCGAGACACCGUGCACCGCAGGAGACUGGGCAACGACCAUUACGAUUCGGAUUCGCAGCUGUACUCAGACUCGCUCUCUGGUUCUCUCGACCCGGGCAAGAUCAGCUUUGAGAGGAAAAAGCACAACACCUCCCCCCUGACUCUGCUCACCAGUUCCCGGGAGUCGCUGGACAGCAUCCCGAGCACGUCUCCUGGCUCCGUGCGCAGGAGGCCUCCAGGCUUGCUAGAGAGGCGAGGAUCUGGCACUCUCCUCCUCGACCAUAUUUCCCACACCAGGCCGGGCUACCUGCCACCCUUGAACGUCAACCCCAACCCACCCAUCCCUGACAUAGGCUGCAACAGCAAACCUUCCUCCCCCCUGGCUAUGUGUCUGAAGUCGAUGGUACCCGUGGCCCCCUCCUCACCAAAGCGAAGCGAUGUGAAAGCCAAAAAGAAGCUGGUGAGAAGGCAUUCUAUGCAGGUGGAACAAAUGAAGCAACUGUAUGACUUUGAAGAACUCAACACCCAGUGAACAGCCCCAAUCAGU